AUGUGGCGUUCAGGGAUUAUUCGUGUGGAUAUGGGCAUGCCAUUCGAGUCAAUAUCCAAGUACAAUCUACUCGGCAAAUCUAGACACGCCGCUUUGACGCCAGGUGGCUCCAUGGGUCCACGCGUCCUCGCGUUCGGCCAUCAUCUGAGCCUCAGCCACAAAGGACAGCGAUUAUUAGGCCGCUGGAAGCCGUCAGCAGGAAAGUAA